AUGUCCGUCGCCGAUGGAGGGAGCCAAAUUCCGGCGCCAAUCGAUGAUCAGUCUCUCAAGCUUGCCAUAGCCAUUUCUCUUCUCCGAUCCAAGGUCAUUCAGAAGCAGCAGCAUACUGUCUCGAAUCCUCCCUCCGAUUCCGACGCUCUCCGAUGGAAGCGAAAGGCUAAGGAGAGGAAGCAAGAGCUUAUUAGGCUUAGAGAAGAUCUCAAACAAGCUGAAGAUCCUUCGCAUGGAGAUUUGUUUUCUCAAAAUGCCACUUGCAAGUGUUUUUUCUUUGAUAAUCUGGGGAAAUUUAACCCUAAGCAGCUCGAAGAUUGUACUGAUAACAGGUUUAAUGACGUAUUACGCCGGAGAUUUCUCAGACAAGUGCGUUAUAGGGAACGGAGGAGAAAAUCAGACAGUUCAAUUAAUCGGAAGCGACUUUUAGACUUCAAUGAAGUUGAUGAAGUUGAGCAUCUCCGAGCUUCGGUUGAUUUUCUUGUAGAGCUUUGCGACACUUUUUCUCCAGUAGGGGAGGCCAACUUUAAAAAUUGGGCUCAUCAAGCUGUUGAUUUCAUUCUAGCUUCAUUGAAGGAUCUUCUACCUAGGAAAAGGAGCCUGGAACCUAUUGAAGGCAUUAUUAGCAGCUUGAUAAUGCGUUUAAUUAGAAGGAUGUGCUCUCCCCUGAAAGAUGACUCGGGAGACUCUGACUCCGAUGUCCGGUUCUAUACACAGCAGUUAUUCCGCGAGCUUGGACGUGAGCCCUACAUUGGACAACGUGCAAUCAUUUCCGUGUCACAAAGAAUUUCUGCAGUGGGAGAGAGUUUUCUCUUCAUGGAUCCAUUCGAUGACAAUUUUCCCAGUUUACAUGAAUGCUUGUUCAUAAUGAUUCAACUUGUUGAGUUUCUGUUAUCGGACUACUUACCAAUGUGGUCAGGGGACAAAAACUUCGACAAUCUUCUCUUGGAAGAAUUGGUGAUAUCCAUUCUCCACGCAAAGAAAGCUUUAGAACUCUUGGAAAGCAGAAAUGGAGUGUACGUGCUGUACGUGGACCGUGUCGCCGGUGAGUUGGCUAAUCAAAUAAGCAACAUUCCGAGACUCCGGGAGCUCAAACCAGAUGUUCUUGACGACCUUAUUCAUUGAUUUUAAGCUAGCCAGUUCAGGUUUGUAAAACUCUUCUCCGGUAACUUUUUUCUAAGCUACGUUAUUAGUCUGCCCGUUAAUUUUGAUCCUGUACAAUCAGAAAUUAGUCGAGGAUUAUUACAUAUAGAAAGUAAAAAUUUUGGGAUAAA